AUGUCUGUCCUCUCCAGCUCGUGCCGUAUCGAGUGCGCCGCCUGCCGUCUUACACAUCAAAUACGCCACGCCUCGCUCCUCCGCCGGCCGAAGAAGCCCUACACUUUCACCCAACUCAUCACCCUCAGCGACGGCAGCACUUUCACACACCGCACAACAUCCCCAGCACCGAUCUACCGCUCAGCAAAGGAUACGAAGAACAGCCCAUUAUGGAAUCCCAGUAGUCAGAAGUUGCUGAACGUGGAGGAAGAUGAGGCAGGAAGGUUGAGGAGCUUUAGGGCGAGGUUCGGACGAGGGUUUGAUGCGGAGGCAUUGAAGGAGGGAGAGGAGGCACGGGAAGGAGAGGAGAAGCUGGAUGAAAGUCAGUCUGGGGAUAGUCUGUUGGAUUUGAUUAGUGGAUUUGGGAAGGAGGCUGAGGGGCAAGGAAAGGUGGCGGGGAAGAGAGAGGAGGCUGUGAAGAGCGAGAAAGGGAAAGGCGGGCAGAAGUGA